AUGGACGAACGUCAGCAUCCCGUGUACAUCAGUGACAUUGGAGCGACGAACCUUCAGCCGUUGUUUAUUUCGUGCACGGGGUUCCAGUUGAUCUUCUUUGUGGGGACCUUGUUGAUGGAGUUCGUGUUGCGGAAGAUGACAAAGUUGCAGCCAUACGUUUCCAAGAAACAGCCGUGGUUUGCCGUGGUGAGUAUCAUUUGUGCUCUUAUCGGCCAAUUGGGUAUUCUUUUCGUGUCGAUUUUCGAUACUGUCGAUUACCAUAACGUGCACAUCACCAUGGUGGCAGUGUUCAUUUUUUUCAUCUUUUGGGCUUGUUUUUUCAACUUCCUCAAUUCAUUCAUUUUUGGCAACUUCCCUCUGCGUUUGAACCCUAACCAUGAAAAAGUCAUCUUUGGUAAACACCGCUGGGCCAACAUGUACAUGGUUUCGUUCUUUUUCAAGCUCUUCUGGCUAGCUGCUGCGGUUGUUUUCGCUGCUUUCUUUGGCUACUACAUGAAACAUGGCCAAGAUUCGCUUUCUGCUAUCUUUGAAUGGACCAUUUCCUUCUGGUACGGUCUUUUGCUUGUUUUCUGGGCCAUUGACCUCUUCCCUUCGGCUGUCAAGCACUACAGAGUGCACCACCCAGAAGAAUUCAACACUCAGUUUGUCGAUCACCACAAACUUCCAAUGACCGAAGUGGGCCACAACUCCUUCCAACCUAUUCCAAAACGCCAUUCCUCCAGCUCAGGCAUUGACGCUACUACAUUGAACCUGCCUCCUCGUGCACACACUGCUCAUCAAGCUCCUCCAGCCAAUCCAGUGACUGCAAACCCAUACGAUGGAGCAAUCACCGUACCUAUUCAAGAACCAGACGAAGAGUUCCAGGACCCUUAUAAGCAACAAAAAACUUCUGAAAACUUUGUCCCUCCUACUCAGACAUACACUGGUAGCACUCCAGUGCACGAGUUUCUGCCUAUGCAGAUAAGACAGAUUCAGGAGCAAGUUUAG